AUGUCUUUCCGAGGCGGCUCCCGUGGUGGCCGCGGUGGUGGCCGUGGUGGUUACCAGCAGCGUGACUUUGGCCCGCCCGCCACAGUUCAAGAAAUGGGCAAGUUUAUGCACGCAUGCGAGGGCGAGAUGAUCUGCGAGUCCAUCAACCCCAAGGUGCCCCAGUUCAACGCGCAAAUCUUCCUCGAGAACAAGACGGCCGUCGGCAAGGUCGACGAGAUCCUCGGCCCCAUCAACCAGGUCUACUUCACCAUCAAGCCCUCCGAGGGCAUUCAGGCCACCUCCUUCAAGGAGGGCGACAAGUUCUUCAUCGCCCCCGAAAAGACCCUCCCCCUCGACCGCUUCCUGCCCAAGCCCAAGCCCGCGCCUGGUGCGCCCAAGCCUAAGCGUGCUGGUGGUGCCGGCCGUGGUGGUCCCCGUGGCGGCGGCGGCUUUGGCGGUCGCGGCGGCGGUCGCGGUGGCUUUGGCGGUCGCGGAGGCGGUCGCGGAGGCUCUGGCGGCUUCUCUCGUGGCGGUGGUCGUGGCGGUGGUGGUUUCGGUGGUGGUGGUUUCGGCGGCCGUGGUGGUGGCCGUGGCGGCUCCGGCGGUUUCUCUCGCGGCGGUGGUCGCGGCGGCAGCGGCGGCUUCAGCCGUGGUGGUGGUGGUUUCAGCCGAGGCCGGUAA